AUGUUUUCACAGCGCCGAUCGCUUCAGAAUUUAAACGUACCUACGAUGUUUAACGACCCAAGACAGGUACUUCUACCAGUGGAUAAAAGUGAAUCCAGUAAAAAGGCAAUGACAUGGUACAUGGCUAAUAUUUUUCGACCAACCGACGUUAUCCACCUUCUCCAUGUCUGUGAACCCAGUUAUGCGGCAAAUAAUUUCUCCCUAACCACAAUUGGACAGAGUAAAACUAAUGAAAUCAAUGCAAUGCUACAGGAACAUAUAGAACUCUCGAACACAUUGAGCCAUGAUUUUCUUUCCAGACUUGAAGAUAAAGGAGUUUCUGGAGAUUUUACUCUUACCGUUGGUACUAAACCCGGCGAAAUGAUAGUUGCAAAAGCAAGGGAUUUGAAUACAGACCUUAUUGUAAUGGGAAAUAGAGGAGUUAGCACCCUCAAACGGACGUUCGUUGGAAGCGUCAGUGAUUAUGUUCUCCACCAUACAACCGUCCCAACAACCGUCGUUCCUGCUCCACGAAAUGACAAGGACCUUCGAAGGGCGUCUCUGAGACCAAUAUAG